AUGAAGAAUCCUGCAUUUGGCAGCGCGAUGCCUCUCCAAAUGCGAAAUGGCAACGAAUCUCACUUUAUGGAUGCAAUUGCAGAUCGGGUAGUGACCGACUUUGGGCACCCCGAAACAUUUACGGAUGACCCAUCGCUUCUCACAGUGAUCUUGGACUUGAAUCCGCUAGGAUGGUACAACAUCAGAAACAGAACCACAGUAAAAGAGGUAACCAAGUCGUUGAUCGUAUUCAUGAAUGCCCAUUUAUCGUUGAACAAUUCCAAUAGAGUGGCCUUUCUCACAGCAUCUCCUUCUGGGGCCCGCUUCUUGUACCCUAAUACAAUGUCAGAUCAAAAGGAUACCGCAAAUACAUUGGUAAAUCGGGGUAUGUAUCGGCAGUUUCGAAUUGUCGACGAAACCGUUUUACUGGAACUUAAUAACGAGUUCCAAGCAGUAGCCCAAUCUGAACUCACAGAUUACAAGUCCACCGUAUCGGGAGCAUUGAGCUUGGCUCUCACGUAUACCCAUCGAAUGCUCACCUUGGAUGAGUCCAUUUCCACCACCACUGCAUCUGCCAUCAGCACCUCCACCAAUGUUGCCUCUAACUCGUCUGCUGCCGGAGCAGGCUCCACCGGUGCCAGCAACCUCAUAUCUAUGAAGUCACGGAUUCUUGUGGUUUCGCCCGAUGAUAAUGACGAUAUUCGGUACAUUCCAAUAAUGAACUCUAUUUUUGCAGCGCAGAAAAUGAAGGUUUCCAUCGAUGUGGUGAAACUCGGCUCCAAGGACGUAUCGUACCUCCAGCAAGCAGCAGACGCUACCAAUGGCGUUUAUUUACACGUACAAAACCCCGAAGGUUUAAUUCAGGUACUCUCUACGGCAUAUUUCAUCGAGCCUUCACUCCGGCCAUUGGUGGUGCUUCCCACCAAUUCCAACGUCAACUACCGAGCGUCUUGCUUCGUUACCGGCAAAUCCAUAGACCUUGGUUUUGUCUGCUCCGUGUGUCUUUGCAUCAUGAGCAUCAUACCCGACCUGGGAAAGUGCCCCACUUGCCAGUCGGAAUUCGACCCCAAUAUACUAUCGCAGCUUCGACGGUCUCCGGCGGUUCUCCCCAGGAAAAAAAGAAAAGUUGACCCGCCCAAUGGAACCCCAGCAGCCUAG